GUGGGGGUGGAGGGGGGGGUCCCCAUGGCCGGACUGAGGCGGCGGCGGCGCUGAGGCCGAAGCGCGGCGCUGAGGAAGAGGAAGAGCGAGCGAGCGCUGCUAAGACCCAGAGGGCUCUGCGGGCAGCGGGGCGGGCAGAGCGCGCAGGCAGCGGCGGAUCCAUCGCCAGCCACAGAGAAAGGGGAAGAGGAGGAGGAGAAGGGAGGAAGGAAGAAGGGCCGUGGCGGAGCAAGGCGGGAGGGGGGGCCCCGCCGAGGAUGGACAUGGCCUGACGGGGCCUGGCAGCCGGCCGGUGCAGGUGUGCCGGCGGCGGCCCCCCCCGGCAGCAUCCUCGCCCUCCCCGAUGCCGCUGUAGCCGGCGAGGGGCCGCGGCGUGAGCGGGGGGCUCGGCGGGGGCGGCGGUGGCGAGCGAUGCUGCGGGGAGAAGCGGCGGAGCCAUGCUGAGGACGGAGGCAGGCGGAGGGGCGGCCGCCGGUGGGGGGUCCCCCUCCUCCGGCGGGGCGGCGGGCGGCGGGGGGCUGCGGAGCGCGUCCCCGCACCGGAACGCCUACGAGGCCACCAUCCAGGCCCUGGCGCCCACAAAGGAGGCCGACGGCGGCGAGGACGGCAAGAAGAGCCGGGGCAAGAAGUAUGGCUCCAACGUCCACCGGAUCAAGAACAUGUUCCUGCAGAUGGGGACGGCGCCCGGCCCCGAGGGCGCCUGCGACCUGGCCAAGGCCAAGGAGAAGCCGGUGCGCCUCUCCUUGCCCCGCGCCGGCAGCCUCAGCGAGACCAUGGACCAGGGCAGCCUCCUCAAGCUGGGCACCAGCGUCUCGGAGCGGGUCAGCCGCUUCGACUCCAAGCCUGACAAGCCCUUCUCCAAGCUGCAGGAGACCCGCAAGAUCUUCGAGAGGAGCCCGCAGGAGAAGGCCACCACCACCAAACUGCUGCUCCGCAAGGAGCGCGCCGGCUUCCAGGACCGCAAACUGGACGUGGUUGUGAGGUUCAACGGCAGCACUGAGUCCCUGGACAAGCUGGAUGCUGACGCCGUGUCGCCCACGGUCAGCCAGCUCAGCGCCGUCUUCGAGAAGGCCGAUCUCCGGAACAACCUGCACAAGACGCAGGGCAGGGCGGGAGCACCGCUCAACGCCAAGGUGGUGGGCAAGCGGCCACGGGUCUUCGUGCCGGGUGCCGAGGCUGGGCGCCAGGGCGAUGGGCACCCUGCCCCAACCCGCGCCCGUCCACCCGAGGAGGAGAAGGCGCCAAGCAAGAGUGUGAGGCCGGCGGAGAAGGAACCGGCCACCCCACGGGUGCAGGAGGUCUGCAAGAUCAAGCCGGUGGAGGUGGACGAGAGCGGAGAGGGCGAGGACGAGGAGGAGGAGGUGGUGGCAGUGGGCGAAGCAGUGCCACCUGCUCCCCAAAUGGCCAAGGGAGACGAGGGUCUGGCAGCUACCACCCCACGGCUGGAUGGGAGUGCCGGGGUGACCGCAGGCAAGGAGGGCGUCAAGGGCGAGCGGGUGGAGGAGGGUGAUGGCUACGAGGAGGCCAAGAAGGAGGACUUCUCUGAGGCAGAUCUGGUGGACAUAAGUGCCUACAGCGGGCUCGGGGAUGACUCGGGGGGCAGCGGGCUGGAGGAGGAGGAGGAGGUCGAAGGGCUCUACGAGCCUGAGUCGGGUUGUGUGGAGAUCCCUGGGCUGUCCGAAGAAGAAGAGCCCAUCCCCAACCGCAAGAUCCAGUUCAGCACGGCCCCCAUCCAGGUGUUCAGCACUUACUCCAACGAGGACUAUGACCGCCGCAAUGAGGAUGUUGACCCCAUGGCCGCCUCGGCCGAGUAUGAGCUGGAGAAGAGGGUGGAGAGACUCGAUCUCUUCCCUGUGGAGCUGGAGAAAGACUCCGAAGGGUUGGGGAUCAGCAUCAUCGGGAUGGGAGCGGGGGCCGACAUGGGCCUGGAGAAGCUGGGAAUCUUUGUCAAGACGGUGACGGAAGGAGGGGCGGCCCAUCGGGAUGGCAGGAUCCAGGUGAACGAUCUGAUCGUGGAGGUGGAUGGCACCAGCCUGGUGGGGGUGACCCAGAGCUUCGCUGCCUCCGUCCUCAGGAACACCAAGGGCCGUGUCCGGUUCCUAAUCGGGCGGGAGAAGCCGGGGGAGCAGAGCGAGGUGGCACAGUUGAUCCAACAGACGCUGGAGCAGGAGCGGUGGCAGCGGGAGAUGAUUGAGCAGCGCUACACCCAGUACACUGAGGACGACGAGGAGACGGGUGAAUAUGCCACGGAUGAGGAGGAGGAGAUGAGCCCCAUGUUCCCUGGCGGGGAGAUGGCCAUCGAGGUGUUUGAGCUGGCCGAGAACGAGGACACGCUGUCCCCUGUGGAGAUGGACCCUGAGAAGCUGGUGCACAAGUUCAAAGAGCUCCAGAUCAAACACGCCGUCACCGAGGCCGAGAUCCAGCAGCUCAAGAGGAAGCUGCAGUGCCUGGAGCAGGAGAAGGCACGCUGGCGGGCCGAGAAGGCCCAGCUGGAGCAGAGCGUGGAGGAGAACAAGGAGCGGAUGGAGAAGCUGGAAGGAUACUGGAUGGAGGCCCAGAACCUGUGCCAGGCUGUGGACGAGCACCUCAAGGAGACCCAGGCCCAGUACCAGACCCUGGAGCGCAAGUACAGCAAGGCCAAGCGGCUCAUCAAGGAGUACCAGCAGAAGGAGAUCGAGUUCCUGAAGAAGGAGACGGCACAGCGGCGGGUGCUGGAGGAGUCGGAGCUGGCACACAAGGAGGAGAUGGAGAAGCUGCAGGAGAAGGUGGGCACUGGGCACCGGGACCAGGGGCCCCCGGCCCGGCGGGGCGGCCCGGCGCGGCUCGGCAGCGCCCUCCGCUCCCAUCGGCCUCGCCACGGCCCCGACCCAGCCCGGCGGGAGGCGACCGGGGGCGACCAGAAUGCCCCAGGAGCGCCGCUCUGUCCCACCAUGUCAGUCUCCAAGCUGCAGGACACAGACGAGGUUUUUGAUUUUACCGCUGUGGUUCCAGAGACGCCACGCCUGGACAGCAGCCUGCACAAAGCCCGGGCCCGCCUGCUGGCCAAGGGCCGCCGCCACCGGCCCUCCCGCUCCCGCCUGCGCGACAGCGCCAGCUCCACCGAGGGCGAUGAGGGGCCUGACACCGCAGGCACUGAGGGUGAUGGUAGCCCCCCGACGCCCUUGCCCUUCUCCCGUGCCGGCGACUUCUCCUCUGAGGUGGGGGCGGGGAGGGCAGCACUGGGGGACCCCCCGGCCCCCACACCCCCCCUCAGCCGCUACCAGCCCCUCACCAACACCUCAUCCCAGGAGGGGCUGUCGGGCCCCCCCGUGCCCAAAUCCUGUCCCAGCUCUGACAGCUCCCCCGGCUUCGCCCGCCGCGAUGCCCGGCCAUGGCAGCACAGCGAAGAUGACAGCCGGGACAUGAGCCCCCCCGAGCCUGCCAGUCCCACUGUGGGGCUGGACAAGAAAACACGAAGGAAGUUCUUGGACUUAGGGGUGACCCUGCGCCGGGCGUCCUCUGGCAAGAGCCGGAAGGAGAAGAGCAGCAACCGCCUGUCCAUGGGCAGCAGGGAGGCAGCGGAGGGUCCUGGUCGCCCCUCAGGCUCCCCCUUCAUGCCCUUUUCGUGGUUCUCGGACAGUGCCAAGGGCUCAGUCUCCCCUGGCUCUGCAUCUCCCACCAGCUCCCCCCGGCACGAGGGGCUCAGCCCCGCCAAAUCUGCCUCCCAGGACUCAACGCUGAGCGAGGACUCCCCCCCGCCCAGCACAAGCCCCCGCCUGCCUGGGCCCCCCCGCACCAAGUGCUCGUACCCCUACCACACCCUGUCCCAGUCCUCGGAUGAGUUCCUGGAGGAACCCCCCGGCGUGGCCAUGGGCUGGACUUGCCAGCAGGUGGGGCAGUGGCUGGAGAGCCUGAGCCUGGAGCAGUACGUGCAGGAGUUCUUAGCCCAUGGCGUGGACGGGCCCCAGCUCCUGCACCUCAAUGGGGCCAAGCUCAAGGCGCUGGGGGUGGGCAGCCCCCAGGACAGGGCGGUGCUGAAGAGGAAGCUGAAGGAGCUGAGCCUGGCGGCCCAGAGGGAGCGCAAGGCCCAGGAGAAGGCGGAGAAGCAGCGAGAGAAGCAGAAGAAGAAGGACCUCCAGGAGCAGCGGCGGAGUUGAGGGGGGAACCUGGGAGUGCCCCUGCACCCCCUCCCCACC